UCUCAGUAUACCUCCUCAAACUUCCCUUCCCAAGUACAUCCCUCGUUUCCUUAAACCUCUUUUGUCACGGAAAGGAUAUGCAGUGGGCGUGGUAUUGCUUGAUUCUCGGUGACCUCUUUGCUCUCCUCGUCCGCUUCCGCACCGGAGAAUGGUCUCCCCAAGCACGGUACUUCCUCGUGUGCUCGCACUUGGCCUUGUGGGCUCGAGUCUUGCAAACAACACCACUGUAACCUCGUAUAUCGAAUCCUCCGACAGCAGCCCCGGGAUGAACCUGACGGUUUCGAUGGAUGUGGUGAAUGCCGACUACGCGUAUCUCUACGACAAUAUAACCACCAUUGAGGAUCUUACUAAGCGCACCGGCAUCACCACCACGGCCGCCGCGUACACAGUGGCCAAGGUCACUUCCGAAGUCAUUAUCACCGCCGCUUCCGCGAUCACGAUCUACGAGUACAUCGCUGGGGUGAUCAAAUCCAAGUCCGAUGCCAACUCCUGCACCAUCACCUACGGCGUCGAUUCGGAUGGCAGCCACACCGAGGGUUAUGCCUACAAAGCCUCCACCACCGGCAGCAACUGCGACACGACUGCAGAGCUAAAAACGAUUCGUUCUGCGACGGAAAAGUGUGCUACCACUCUCAGUACCAUGGGCGCCGUGCGCGGCUGCUGUACCAUGACCCAUGGAGGCACUUGGGAGGGCCAUCUCCGCUUGUCGGGGGAUCCGACCAGUUAUCCUGUGACGACUGUGACAUGUUAAAUGGAAGAUUGGAGCCAGAACAUGCCAUAUUUGAGACAAAGUAAAGAGCUGCAGCAGUGAGGGGGAGAAAACAUCUGGAAAAUAGGAGAAAGGAAAAAAACAGUAGUAGCAUCAGAUAUUCAGUC